AAUAUCAUUCACUUAGGCUACGGUUCGCCUAUUUCCUUCUCGUCCGCCUUCCUCUCUUUCGCAAAUUUCUUAUCACUUCCGCUCUCCUUCUUUUUCCCCCCGCACAAAUCUCUUCCACUCAUCUUCCCUUUCCUUUCACAUAAACUCUUCCACUCUUCUUCUUUUCCUCUCACACAGAACUCGCCAAUACCUCUACCAAUCUUUGUUUCUAUCCUCCAACUCGCCCUCACCCUCAACCACUUGCUGGUAUCCUAACAAUAUCAAGUCAUCGUACCAGCUAGUACUUGCGAUAGCUCCUCAAUUCCGCAAUCAUGGGGUCCAAAGUAGAUUUCUACUGGAAGCUGUGCCUCGAGAGCCUCAAUGCCAGGAAAGCGACAAUUUCUCUCCCAAAGGCGAUCGUGAAUGAGAUCGACCUCGCUGGCCUCGAAGAAUUGAAGCAGCGUGUAAAGGCGCAUACCAAGUCUGGAGUCAAACUUCAAAUUGAGGAUGAUGCUGUCGUUCUCAAGGCGGAGCCUGAGGCUCUCAACGCGGCCAACUCGUCCAAGGGUUCCGGCUCCAAAUCUGGACCAGCCAAGGAGAAGAAGAUUCCUCGCCCUCCCAAUCAAUGGAUCCUUUUUCGCCAGCAUCAUCACCAUAGUGUCGUCGCCAACAAUCCUGGCAUGGAUGUCUACACGACUUCCAAAGUCAUCGGUGCCAUGUGGCGUGACGCAUCUGAUGAGGAGAAAGCCUCUUGGAAGGCGAAAGCUGUCGAGGUAGCUCGUCUCCACAGGCUCAAGUACCCCAAUUACACCUACGCCCCUCGUAAGACGUCGGAAGUGAAGCGUCGCAACACCAAAGCGAAAGCCGUCACUACUCCCAGCACCGAAGAUAGCAUGGAAUAUACGCCUAAGCAGGCCGAUUCGGAUAGCGAACUCGACAAUGAGUACGACGAUAUCUUCGACGAAAUCUCCAUGGAUGUGGAUGUCUCCGGAGCCACGGUAACUGCCUCAGCUCAAUCUUUCGCUGCCGCUGCUACUGCUCAGGUCAAUCAUGCUGUCGCUACUUCUAUCAACGGUACCCCUGCCGCACAGGCGCAGGACCCCGCACCAGAAUUCCAGCCCAACGUCGCUUAUGCAAAUAUGGGGAUCAAUGCUCCUCUCAAUUUGCUCCACGCUCAUGCUGCUGGGUUUGACGCUUCCUCCGCUCCUCAUCCCAGCCUCUGGUCAUUCACCCCUCAGAUGCGUUCGAUUGGCUUCCAUGGGACUGAGUCCGCCGCAAUGCCGUCUGACCUUGGACGGGGCGACUUUUGUACGAGGAGUCAAAUGGUUGCUCGCCGAUCUGGUAUGUCACUCCUCUCUGGAGAGCGCAGCCACGGACUCGGCAACGCGGCAAACACCGGGUAUCAUAACAAUGGGCCUAGUCUUGUCGCAACGGCCAACUACCUCAACGCCCAGUAUCCGCCUGGAACUCAGUUCGGUUUCGCCACCGCGUCUGUUGCCCAUCCUCCGGCAGUCGCAACCGCUUCUAGCACUGCAACUGUGCAAUCUCACAACAACAAUAGCAACAGCAACUAAAGUUGAUGGUAACCGAUUCUUUGUUCCACCGUUGCUGCUAUUGCCAGUCACCAGAGCAUUUCGAGCUGGCUACUCUUCGUACCUGUCCUUUCUUGAACUGUUAAAAUGCA